AUGGCGGUGAACGAGGAACAAGCUGUUGAAAUGGAGGUUCUCCAGUCAAUCUAUGAAGGUGACAGUAACUUCAAAGCAAUCGGUGACAAUCGUGUACAGUACAAAUUUGGUGUCGAUACCCCCAAGAGUUUCGUGAUAGAAAUCGAAUGGCCGCCACAGUAUCCCGCAGCUCCUCCUCGUAUCAAUAUGGACGUGUUUUACAACAGUAACAUUGCUGACAGUGUUCGUCAGGAGAUCAAAAACAAGGUUCUAGAAGUGGCUAAAGAAAAUGAUGGCAUGGCCGUGACGUUCACUCUUAUCGAUUAUGUUUCGUCAAAUUUCGAAGAACUUACUUCGAACUGGGAGGUGAAGCAGACGCAACUUGAGGUUGACGCGAGGGCUGAGGAGCGCCGGUCUGGCAGGGAUGAACCGCUUACAAAAGCUGCCAAGAGACGUCUGUGGGAUCGAAACGAGGGUACUGCUAAGGAAAGAGGCUCCGAUUGGAUCGAUAUUCUGAAACAUCUGGCGCAAGUAUAA